GUGGGUCGCGCGGGCUCCGCGGCUCGUGUGGAGACGGGUGGCGGGGCGCUCGUCGCUGGUCACUGCUCCGUCGGGCGUGGGCGUCGCUGAGAGCGUCAGCUGCGAGCCCUCCACCAUGGACUUCGAGGACGAUUACACACACUCCGCUUGCAGGAAUACUUAUCAGGGCUUUAAUGGAAUGGAUCGUGAAUUUGGCCCUGGAUCUUAUGGAGGAAUGGAUCGUGACUAUGGCCAUGGAUCCUAUGGGGGUCAGAGACCCAUGGAUUCCUACCUAAACCAGUCAUAUGGCAUGGACAAUCACAGUGGUGGUGGUGGGGGUAGCAGGUAA